AACACCUUUUCAAACUAGUUGAAGGGGCAAUCUUGUUCAUAUCAGAACUGCAACACAUUGGGCGUCUCCGAGUCUGUUACUUUUACGAGGGCGGAAAAAUCCAGCGGGAUUUAUAUUCACUCGUAAACGUAACAUUACGAAGGUGAAGCUUGGCGGAAGUAACGAAGUUGUUUAGCUUAAUCGGAAGAACGUGGAAGAAGAUUUUUCGAACCCAAGUUGGCAGAGCAGAAAAUAGGGUUGGGAAAGUAACCCCACGUAUGUAAAUGCACAGCUGUAAAGCACAUCUCUGGAACAUUCCUACUGUGGUGACUUCCCUCCCUUGGGUUGUAGAAGUGUUAAACCUGUACUUAUCCCCACGGCAUUAAGCUUCACCCUUCCAUCGGAAAACCACACAAUUGCACAAACAUGACGUCUAUAAACAUCGAAUCGUACUUAGAAAAUGAAAUAUUAGUCAUAACCAAUGAUAGUCGAAUUUUUACUGGCAAACUGAAAGGCUUCGACCAGACGACCAACAUCAUCCUUGGCAAUUGCUACGAGAGGAUUUACAAAGAAUCGCUGGAGAAAAUAAGUUUGGGCCUGUACAUCAUACGAGGAGACACAGUAACCCUAAUUGGUGAAAUCGACGAGGAUGUGGAUAAGAAUAUUCUGCACCACAAGAUAAAACCAGAGACGUUGAAGCCGAUUGUACAUUAGGAAUUACACCCGAUGAUGUGGCAAUUCUUACAUAAUCGUCUAGAUAUCGUAAGAAGGGCCUUGUAAAACAGUUAGGAGAUUCGACAAAUUUUUGUUAAGUCGUAUUAGGGGGGGACAACCAAUUCGCGCUGCCACCCGGGUCACGGCAUAAACUUACCCCUUGAUGGGGAAUAAAUAAAUAACCCGAAUGGCG